AUGGCGGUGGCACGGAAAAUCAAAACUUUGUUGACGGUGAACAUCUUGGUCUUCGUGGGGAUCAUCCUCUUCUCCGUGUACUGCCGGCUGCAGGAGCGCUCCCCGGAGCUGGUGCAGAUCGUCCGGAGCGCCGACCGCCGGCUCCGCAGCCGCCACGCCAAGGGGCUGGGCGGCCUGAGCGAGCGGGAGUCCAUCCUGCAGCGCCUGGACCACCUGGAGGAAGUGGUGUACAACCAGCUCAAUGGUCUAGCCAAGCCCAUGGGACUAGUUGAAGGUCCAGGAGGCUUGGGCCAGGGAGGAAUGGCUGCUACCUUGAGAGAUGACAGUCAUGAAUCUGAGACUAAGUAUGAAGAAUAUGGUUACAAUGCCCAGCUCAGUGACAGGAUAUCACUGGAUAGGUCCAUUCCUGACUACAGGCCAAAAAAGUGCAAACAGAUGACCUAUUCCGAUGACCUGCCCCAGAUCUCGGUGGUCUUUAUUUUUGUAAACGAGGCUCUGUCUGUCAUCUUGCGCUCAGUGCACAGUGUUGUGAACCAUACCCCAUCCCAUUUGCUCAAGGAGAUCAUUCUGGUGGAUGACAACAGUGAUAACGUUGAGCUGAAGUUUAAUCUGGACCAGUAUGUCAAUAAGAGAUACCCAGGCCUGGUGAAGAUAGUACGCAAUAACAAACGGGAAGGACUGAUUCGAGCCAGAAUCCAAGGCUGGAAAGCAGCAACUUCUCCGAUUGUUGGUUUCUUCGACGCUCAUGUUGAGUUCAACACUGGCUGGGUGGAACCGGCGCUUACCCGGAUCAAAGAAGAUCGAAAGCGAAUCAUCCUACCAGCUAUUGACAACAUCAAGUACAACACGUUCGAAGUGCAGCAAUACGCCAAUGCUGCCCACGGCUACAACUGGGGACUCUGGUGCAUGUAUAUAAUCCCGCCCCAGGACUGGCUCGAUAAAGGGGACGAGUCUGCUCCCAUCAGGACGCCAGCAAUGAUUGGAUGUUCAUUUGUGGUGGACCGAGAGUACUUCGGGGAGAUUGGGCUGCUUGACCCUGGCAUGGAGGUCUAUGGGGGAGAAAAUAUUGAACUGGGCAUGAGGGUCUGGCAGUGCGGGGGAAGCAUGGAAGUGUUACCUUGCUCGAGAGUUGCCCACAUUGAACGCACAAAGAAACCUUACAACAAUGACAUCGAUUACUAUGCAAAGCGCAAUGCCCUGCGGGCUGCUGAGGUCUGGAUGGAUGACUUCAAGUCACAUGUUUACAUGGCAUGGAACAUCCCAAUGACAAACCCAGGAGUUGACUUCGGAGAUGUUUCAGAAAGAAUAGCUCUACGACAGCGACUGCAGUGCCGGAGUUUUAAGUGGUACCUGGAGAACGUCUAUCCUGAAAUGAGGGUUUACAACAAUACAAUCACUUAUGGAGAGGUACGUAACAGCAAAGCUAGUGGCUACUGUUUAGACCAGGGAGCAGAAGAUGAUGACAAAGCGAUCCUCUACCCAUGCCAUGGAAUGUCCUCCCAGCUUGUCCGCUAUAGUUCUGAAGGUCUCCUGCAGUUAGGGCCUCUGGGCUCCACGGCCUUUCUGCCUGACUCCAAAUGUCUCAUUGAUGAUGGGAAAGGCAGGACCCCAACUCUGAAGAAAUGUGAAGAUGUCUUGAGACCAGCACAAAGACUCUGGGAUUUUACACAGAAUGGUCCAAUCAUCAGCAGAAACACUGGACGGUGUCUAGAAGUGGAAAUGUCAAAGGAUGCCAAUUUUGGGCUCAGACUUGUGGUACAAAGGUGCUCGGGGCAAAAAUGGAUGAUUAGAAACUGGAUAAAACAUGGUCGACAUUGA